AUGGGUAUAAACAGGGCAAACAGAGCACCAGAGUCAGGUAUAAACAGGGAACCAGAGUCGGGUAUAAACAGGGAACCAGAGUCGGGUAUAAACAGGGAACCAGAGUCGGGUAUAAACAAGGAACCAGAGUCGGGUAUAAACAGGGCACCAGAGACGGGUAUAAACAGGGCAAACAGAGCACCAGAGUCAGGUAUAAACAGGGAACCAGAGUCGGGUAUAAACAGGGAACCAGAGUCGGGUAUAAACAGGGAACCAGAGUCAGGUAUAAACAGGGAACCAGAGUCGGGUAUAAACAAGGCACCAGAGUCGGGUAUAAACAAGGAACCAGAGUCGGGUAUAAACAGGGAACCAGAGUCGGGUAUAAACAGGGAACCAGAGUCGGGUAUAAACAGGGAACCAGAGUCAGGUAUAAACAGGGAACCAGUCCUAUUUUCUUAGAAUAGACUAACCAGGGAACUAUUAGUUGUCCUGUGAUGACAUGCCAACAUGAACACCAUAGUAGACCCUUGUCUGUGUCUCAUCAGAACAGAGGAAGCUCCUCUCUGUGUGUGUGUGUGUGUGUGUGUGUGUGUGUGUGUGUGUGCGUUAAACAAAGAGCUGAUUACCGGUUGGUCCAACUAAGAAAGCUCAGUCAGAGACCAAGGAAACACUUCUGCUUCAGACUCAGACAUUGUUUGGGUUGGACAGCAGUCUCUCUGCGUGUCUCAUCACAAAGAGACAAAGGAAAGACGUUUAUAGCAGGAUGUCGAUUCAAAGUUGUUAACAAUAAGCUCAGUAGACCAGUAGACCAGUAGAUCAGUAGACCAGUAGAUCAGUAGAUCAGUAGAUCAGUAGAUCAGUAGAUCAGUAGCUCAGUAGAUCAGUAGACCAGUAGCUCAGUAGACCAGUAGACCAGUAGAUCAGUAGAUCAGUAGACCAGUAGCUCAGUAGACCAGUAGAUCAGUAGACCAGUAGACCAGUAGAUCAGUAGACCAGUAGACCAGUAGAUCAGUAGACCAGUAGCUCAGUAGACCAGUAGACGAGUAGCUCAGUAGAUCAGUAGACCAGUAGAUCAGUAGACCAGUAGAUCAGUAGACCAGUAGAUCAGUAGACCAGUAGAUCAGUAGACCAGUAGACGAGUAGCUCAGUAGAUCAGUAGACCAGUAGACCAGUAGACCAGUAGAUCAGUAGACCAGUAGAUCAGUAGACCAGUAGACCAGUAGCUCAGUAGACCAGUAGAUCAGUAGAUCAGUAGACCAGUAGCUCAGUAGAUCAGUAGAUCAGUAGACCAGUAGCUCAGUAGACCAGUAGAUCAGUAGACCAGUAGACCAGUAGACCAGUAGACCAGUAGAUCAGUAGACCAGUAGACCAGUAGACCAGUAGACCAGUAGACCAGUAGAACAGUAGACCAGUAGACCAGUAGACCAGUAGAUCAGUAGACCAGUAGAUCAGUAGUGUGUAUCAUUGUCUUACAGCUGUGUAGUAAAGUAGAUCAGGACUGUGUCCAGAUCACAGUAUGCUGUAACUCAUCGUGGCUUUCUGUAUUCCAGGUCCUAACCAAUUUGGUUUUGGAGGAGCUUCUACCCUCUCUACAGACAGAACUUCUGACCAGACUAAAGGGAAAGAAAGCAGAGAGGAAGAGGGUUUGGUUCUCUGUGAGUCACUGAACAUCUCAGAACUGUCCUUUAUUCAGAAAGUCCUUCAGUAAUGCUAUAGUGAACUGGUUCUUCAGCUCUGAGUUCUGUAGUCCUGUAGUGAUCUCUGCUCUAUUCCCCCCCCCCCCCCGAUGUUCAGACAUUGGAGGCAGCCUAUAAGCUGGUCCUGGAUCAGCUAACAGAGGGUCUAUAUAAUGCUGUACUCAGCUGUGUUCUGUUGUCCCCCCCAGACGUUGGACGCCGCGUACCAUCUGGUCCUGGAUCAGCUGAGGGAUGGUCUGAAGGUUCUGAAGGAGGAGUGUAAAGAGACAGCCAGGUCUCAGGAAGCUCUGGUUCGCUCUGAUAUGGACCAGAUAGCCAGUUCUAGAGCCUUCCUACAGGCCAAGCUACAAGGUGCAGUACGAUGAUGGGGAUCUACAGAUGGAGUAGCCUGGGUCAAGAAUGGGUCAAGCAUGGGUCAAUAAUGAAUUGUGGUGUAAAGGAGAGAGUAACAAAGAUUUAACACGUUAGGAUCCAAGAUAGGAUAUUGUGGGAACUGAAUGAAUGAAAAAGCAACAGUUAUUGGGACAGUAGUUGUGAGGAGCCGACAUGUUGUUACUAUAUCUAAACUUGUAAAACCAUUCCCAUAACAUUCACAUCCGUUGUUCCGUGUCUCCGUCCCCAUAGCCUCUGUCAGUGACCCGGCAGUAAAGUUCUGCAGUGAGAACGUGUCUCCGUACCUGGCGUCCAUCUUGGAAGAGCUGAUGUCUCCGGUGACGGGGGGCUUCCAGGGGGUCCGGCUUCUCCUGGAGGGGGAAAUGAACGCUCUCUGUCUGGGCUUCCCCGAGGGAGGGGGGCAAGAGGGGUUCAACCAGGUAAGAGGGUGUUGGUGGAUCAAAAGGUUGGUCUAGUUUCUUUGCGUAAGCGUGAACAGCGUAACAGUGAACAGCGUAACCGUGAACAGCGUAACCGUGAACAGCGUAACCGUGAACAGCGUAACCGUGAACAACGUAACCGUGAACAGCGUAAGCGUGAACAGCGUAACCGUGAACAACGUAACCGUGAACAGCGUAACCGUGAACAACAUAAGCGCGAACAGCGUAACCGUGAACAGCGUAACCGUGAACAGCGUAACCGUGAACAGCGUAACCGUGAACAGCGUAACCGUGAACAACAUAAGCGCGAACAGCGUAACCGUGAACAGCGUAACCGUGAACAGCGUAAGCGUGAACAGCGUAACCGUGAACAGCGUAACCGUGAACAGCGUAAGUGUGAACAGCGUAACCGUGAACAGCGUAACCGUGAACAACGUAACCGUGAACAGCGUAAGCGUGAACAGCGUAACCGUGAACAGCGUAAGCGUGAACAACGUAACCGUGAACAACGUAACCGUGAACAGCGUAACCGUGAACAGCGUAACCGUGAACAGCGUAACCGUGAACAACGUAACCGUGAACAGCGUAAGCGUGAACAGCGUAACCGUGAACAACAUAACCGUGAACAACGUAAGCGUGAACAACGUAACCGUGAACAGCGUAACCGUGAACAGCGUAACAGUGAACAGCGUAAGCAGCGUAACCGUGAACAGCGUAACCGUGAACAGCGUAAGCGUGAACAGCGUAACCGUGAACAACGUAACCGUGAACAGCGUAACCGUGAACACGUAACUGUAAGGUACGUGAAAGCUAACCGCACGUUACGGAGGACACGUAAACUAACAGCGUAAGCUGAACAGCGAAACGUAUACAGCGUAACGUGAACACGAAACCGUAAACACGCUACAUAGCAUGGUGACUAAUCAGCGUCAACUGAACAGCGUACACGUCGAACAACGCCUAAUCUAACCAGCCCUACGGAACCUAACCUGAAGCACACUACCUAUACACCAUAACCUACACUACGAGCGUACUCAGCUACAGCAUAACCUAACAAACCCUACCGAACAGCCAGUAACUACUACUAACCACCCCUCAGCCACUUAAGCCCAUCCAACCUAUCACCAUUACCCACACCUCAGCCACUCUCAGCCAUCCCACCUAUACCAUACACCACCCUCAGCCACUCUCAAGCCAGUCCCACCUAUCACAUACACCACCCUCACCACUCUAAGCCCAUCCCACCUAUACCAUACAACCACCCUAAGCCACUCUCAGCCCAUCCACCUAUCACCUACACCACCCCUCAGCCACUCUCAGCCCAUCCCACCUAUACCAUACACCACCUCAGCCACUCCAGCCCAUCCCAACGAGUACACAUACACAACCUCAAGCACUCUCAACACAUCCACCAAACAACCAUAACCCACCCCUCAGCACCUCUCAGCCCAUCCACCUAUCACAUACACCACCCUCAGCCACUCUCAGCCCAUCCACCUAUCACCAUACACCACCCUCAGCCACUCUCAGCCCAUCCCACCUAUCACCAUACACCACCCUCAGCCACUCUCAGCCCAUCCCACCUAUCACCAUACACCACCCUCCAGCCACUCUCAGCCCAUCCACCUAUCACCAUACACCACCCUCAGCACUUCAGCCCAUCCACCUAUCACCAUACACCACCCCUCAGCCCUUCACCACCUAUCACCAUACACCACCCCAGUCCAGCCAUCACACUAUCACCAUACCACCACCCUCAGCCCUUCACCCAUCCCACCUAUCACCAUACACCACCCCUCAGCCCUUACCCACCUAUCACCAUACACCACCCCUCAGCCACUCUCAAGCCCUCCCACCUAUCACCAUACACCACCCCUCAGCCACUCUCAGCCCAUCCCACCUAUCACCAUACACCACCCCUCAGCCACUCUCAGCCCAUCCCACCUAUCCCAUACACCACCCCUCAGCCACUCUCACCCCAUCCCACCUAUCACCAUCACCACCCCCAUCAAACCAUCACCGCUCACCCAUCCCACUAUCACCUUACACCCCCCCUAGCCACUCUCAGCCCAUCCCACCUUCACCAUACACCCCCAUCAGCCACUCUCAGCCCAUCCCACCUAUCACCAUACCACCACCCUCAGCCACUCUACAGCCCAUCCCACCUAUCACCAUACACCACCCUCACACUCUCAGCCAUCCCACCUAUCACCAUACACCACCACUCAGCCACUCUCAGCCCAUCCCACCUAUCACCAUACACCACCCCUCAGCCACUCUCAGCCCAUCCCACCUAUCACCAUACACCACCCCUCAGCCACUCUCAGCCCAUCCCACCUAUCACCAUACACCACCCUCAGCCACUCUCAGCCCAUCCCACCUAUCACCCAUACACCACCCCUCAGCCCUUCAUCCACCUAUCACCAACACCACCCCAGCCCUUCCCACCUAUCACCAUACACCACCCAUCAGCCCUUCCCACCAUCACCAUACACCACCCCUCAGCCUCUCAGCCCAUCCCACCUAUCACCAUACACCACCCCUCAGCCACUCUCAGCCCACCCCUAUCACCAUACACCACCCCUCAGCCCUCUCCCACCACUGUCACCAUACACCACCCCUCAGCCACUCUCAGCCCAUCCCACCUAUCACCAUACACCACCCCUCAGCCACUCUCAGCCCAUCCCACCAUCACCAUACACCACCCCUCAGCCACUCUCAGCCCAUCCACCCCUAUCACCAUACACCACCCCUCAGCCACUCUCAGCCCAUCCCACCUAUCACCAUACACCACCCCUCAGCCCUCUCAGCCCAUCCCACCUAUCACCAUACACCACCCUCAGCCACUCUCAGCCCAUCCACCUAUCACCACCUCAGCCCCACCCUAUCACUCCACCCUCAGCCCUCCCACCUAUCACCAUACACCACCCCUCAGCCCUCUCAGCCCAUCCCACCUAUCACCAUACACCACCCUCAGCCCUUCACCUAUCCCAUCCCACCUCACCUCACCUAUCCCCAUACCACCCCUCAGCCACUCUCAGCCAUCCACCUAUCACCAUACACCACCCCUCAGCCCUCUCAGCCAUCCCACCUAUCACCAUACACCACCCCUCAGCCACUCUCAGCCCAUCCCACCUAUCACCAUACACCACCCUCAGCCACCCUCAGCCCUUCCCACCUAUCACCAUACACCACCCUCAGCCACUCUCAGCCCUUCCCACCUAUCACCAUACACCCCUCACUCCUCUCAGCCCAUCCCACCUAUCACCAUACACCACCCCUCAGCCACUCUCAGCCCAUCCCACCUAUCACCAUACACCACCCCUCAGCCACUCUCAGCCCAUCCCACCUAUCACCAUACACCACCCCUCAGCCACUCUCAGCCCAUCCCACCUAUCACCAUACACCACCCCUCAGCCCCUCUCAGCCCAUCCCACCUAUCACCAUACACCACCCCCUCAGCCACUCUCCGCCCCCCUCAGCCUACCCCUCAGCCCUUCCACCUAUCACCAUAA